AUGUGGGAGCUGCAGUCAGCCUCCUUCUGGAGGGCCAUAUUUGCUGAGUUCUUCGCCACCCUCUUCUAUGUCUUCUUCGGGCUGGGGGCCUCACUGCGCUGGGCGCCGGGACCCCUGCAUGUCCUGCAGGUGGCUCUGGCCUUUGGCCUGGCCCUGGCUACUCUGGUGCAGGCUGUGGGCCACAUCAGUGGGGCCCAUGUCAAUCCUGCUGUCACUUUUGCCUUCCUUGUGGGCUCCCAGAUGUCCCUGCUCCGUGCCUCCUGCUAUAUGGCAGCCCAACUCCUGGGAGCCGUGGCUGGGGCCGCCGUGCUGUAUAGCGUUACGCCCCCUGCCGUCCGAGGAAACCUAGCACUUAACACGUUGCACCCGGGGGUGAGUGUGGGCCAGGCCACCACCGUAGAGAUCUUCCUGACACUGCAGUUUGUGCUCUGCAUCUUUGCGACCUAUGACGAGAGGCGGAAUGGCCGCCUGGGCUCGGUGGCCCUGGCCGUUGGCUUCUCCCUCACCCUGGGGCACCUCUUUGGGAUGUAUUAUACUGGUGCAGGCAUGAACCCUGCUCGCUCCUUUGCUCCUGCCAUUCUGACCAGAAACUUCACCAACCACUGGGUGUACUGGGUGGGUCCAAUCAUUGGAGGGGGCCUGGGCAGUCUCCUCUACGACUUUCUCCUCUUCCCCCGGCUCAAGAGUGUUUCGGAAAGAUUGUCCAUCCUCAAGGGUUCCGGGCCCAACGACUCCAAUGGGCAGCCCGCGGGCACGGGGGAACCUGCUGAACUGAAAACCCAGGCCCUGUAA